AUGAUGGAUAAUGGCUCACUACCCGACCCCGAAGGGGGUAACAAUCAUAGAUGGUUGCUGAUUCUCACUGCGGGUGCAGUAAUUGCUGCAUCCCUUCAUCUCCGAAUCAAUAUUCAAGGGAGGAGAUUGCUCACGAGCGAUAUACUCCUUUGUCUGGCCUGGUGCUCCGCGGUGGCGACGGCAUCUUUCGAUAUUCAGUUCACGGUUAUGGGUGCUUUAAAACAGCAUGUGAAGAUAACAUUGGAUGGCUACGAUGGCAGUGACGCUGACACUGCCCUAAUCUUGCGGGUGUGCUACUACACCAGCACCUUAUUUGAACGGUUGCUAACAUUGGCUGUCAUUCAGCUUUUCUGGGCCAGCAGUAUUCCAUUCUUUACGACAUUUUAUCUUUGUAAAGCAGCACUUCUCGUCAUCUACCUUCAAUUUUUCCCACUAUUCAUGUAUUAUCGAAGGAUGCUGGUUUGGGCAACGAUUGUUUACACUGGGCUUGCAUAUCUAACCAGCAUCUUGCUGUUGUUUGCGAUUUGUUUACCUCUCAGUAAAAACUGGGCGGUACAAGACCACCUUGCCGAGACUGACGAUGUGAUGUGCUCGGCAUCUUCGCCAGCCAUUGUGUUCCAGGUUGGAUGGGCGUUACACUUCUUCGGGGAUGUUCUUGUGUUCUUACUCCCAUGGCUCAUCAUCCCAAAUUUGAAGAUCAGACGAACAUUGAAGAUGGGGGUCUAUUUUACCUUCGGCCUGGGGAUAAUCAAUAUGACAUUUUCCCUGGUCAGAUUUAUAACGAUUGAAACCGUUCCCAUUGAUGAUUUGCCUUUUGGCUUAGUCGAACUGUGGAGCGAGCUGGAUGUCAACAUUGGUCUACUGGUUGCUAGCUUACCAUCACUACGACCAUAUUUUCGAUCAAGUCGUAUGUUGGGCUAUUCCGAUGGCUCACAUGGUUACAACUACAAGUCAACAGUCAAGACACCAAUGCGAGCUUCUUGCAUGACUGAGUUCGAUAUUAGGACAUUACCAACCGUUACAGAAGACAUCGACCUCGAGAAUGCUGCCGCGAGUUCUUCAACACAGUCACAAAAGUCGGGCCUCGAGGUUCAGAGCAUCUGUUAG